UGACAAUGAGUAAAUCAUUUCCCCCUUGACUGUUUGUGGACGCCUUGAGAUUGUCAUUCCUUGUCUUGAGGAUUUAGCGAAGAGUCACCAUGCGUUCAGAAAAGAAAAGCUCCGGGCAGGACAAUCUCGGAUUUGAUAUGGAUUUACGUUCUCAGCCCAAAGCAAAGGCAGAAGAAGACUGUGUGAGCAGUUGUGUUUCAGAUAAAGACAGAAAUAAACCAACCUAUUGUGUAACUGAUGUCCCGCCUUGGUACCUUUGCAUUUUCCUAGCCAUUCAGCAUUACCUGACAGCAUUUGGUGGGGUGAUCUCCAUCCCUCUCAUUCUUUCUGAGGGACUUUGUCUGCAACAUGACAGCUUGACCCAGAGCCACCUCAUUAACACCAUUUUCCUUGUUUGUGGCCUGUGCACCAUUCUGCAGGUUACCUUCGGUGUCAGACUUCCCAUCCUCCAGGGGGGUACAUUUGCCUUGGUGACUCCUGCUAUGGCCAUGUUGUCCAUGCCAGAGUGGAAGUGCCCAGAUUGGACCCAGGAUGCCAGCCUGGUCAACACCUCCUCCCCUGAAUACAUAGAAGUGUGGCAGACCCGCCUGAGAACACUCCAGGGCUCUAUCAUGGUGGCCUCUGUCCUCCAGAUCCUGGUUGGCUUCUCUGGCCUCAUCGGCUUUCUCAUGCGCUUUAUUGGCCCCCUAACCAUCGCCCCAACUGUCUCUCUCAUUGGCCUGUCUCUGUACGACUCUGCCGGAGACAGGGCUGGCAGCCACUGGGGCAUCUCUGCCAUGACCACAGUGCUGAUCAUCCUGUUUUCUCAGUACCUUCGCCUCAUACCAAUCCCGGUUCCUGUAUACAGCAAGACCAGAAAACUGCACACCUCAAAGUUUUAUAUCUUCCAGAUAAUGCCUAUUCUUCUGGGCAUAGCGGUCUCGUGGUUAGUCUGCUACCUCCUCACCAUCUAUGAUGUCCUACCAGCCGAUUCAACCCGCUAUGGCUACCUGGCUCGCACUGAUGUGAAGGGAAAUGUAGUGGGCGAGGCUUCCUGGUUCACAUUUCCUUACCCUGGUCAGUGGGGUGUGCCGAUGGUGAGCCUGGCAGGUGUGAUUGGCUUUAUGGCUGGAAUAAUAUGCUCCAUGGCAGAGUCUGUGGGCGACUACUAUGCAUGUGCCCGGCUGUCAGGGGCGCCCCCUCCCCCGAAGCACGCCAUCAACCGGGGCAUUGGCAUUGAAGGGGUUGGCUCAUUGUUGGCGGGGGCCUUCGGCACAGGCAACGGCACCACUUCUUUUAGUGAGAACGUGGCAGCACUUGGUAUCACCAAAGUGGGUAGUCGAACAGUGAUUUUCCUGAGCGGAGUCUUCAUGAUUUUAAUGGGGAUACUGGGCAAAUUUGGAGCCAUUUUCACCACCAUCCCCAACCCUGUGAUUGGAGGGAUGUUCCUGGUCAUGUUCGGAGUCAUAACUGCUGCUGGAAUCUCUAAUCUGCAGUCCACAGACAUGAAUUCUUCUCGGAAUAUCUUCGUGUUUGGUUUCUCCAUGUUUUCCGCUCUCGUCAUUCCAAACUGGAUCCAUAAGAAUCCGGACAACCUGCAAACGGGUGUCAAAGAGGUGGACCAAGUACUGCGCAUAUUGCUGACAACCAAUAUGUUUGUGGGAGGCUUUCUUGGCUUCGUCUUGGAUAACACAAUUCCUGGGACUAAACGUGAGCGUGGCCUCUUAGCCUGGGACAAAGUACAUCUCGAAGACUCUGACAACACCUUUGGAACUGAGGAGGUGUACGCCCUCCCCUUUGGCAUAACCUCUUACCUGCGAUCCAAGUCUUGGGUACGUUACAUCCCUUUCUGUCCACGGGACAAACACGGAUCUCAGCACAAGACUGAGGACAGUGAUGUGCCACAGAGCCGGGGGACUGAGCACGGUGCACAGGUCACGGAGGAAUUUGCUUUCUAAGGACUAAACUAGCUGACAUUAGUGUCAUGAAAAGGACUUGAUGUUUGCAUUAACCAUAACCAUUGUUUUUAACUGAAGAACAUUGAGCUGCUGCAUUCAUUUGAGUUCAUGUUGAUGCUGAUGUUAAGUGAAAAAACAAAAAAUGUAACUGCUGAAUGCACUUCUGGCAACCAGUCACAUUCAAUAUAAACUGACUCCAGCAAGAUCAUCUACAUCAACUGAUACCAAAUGCAAAAUGAUAAUAAUAAUGUAUAUUUAUAAAUAGCACUAAGCUGAGUUUAUUGUAGAACACAUAUAGUAGGUAGAGGGUCAGUUUGGGGGUCCUUGGCCUGAAAAACGCUGAAGACCCCUGAUCUACGUCAAACCUGCCAACGUGCAGUGAGUUUAAUUUUGAUGUGCGCACCUAUUUGAGCCUGUCUACACGAAGAGACACAUAAAUAUCUGCUGCAAUCACUUUCUGUCUGUACCGAUUAAAAGAGAGCUUCCGAACAAUCAAA